AUGGCUCAGCUCACUGGUAUCCCCGUCAAUGGUCACCACACUCCCGUCACUGCCCCUGGCCGCUCCGCGCUGCCAGCCCGGGUCGUCACAGCCGAGACAAUUGAGGAUGCCUACAUCGCAUUCAUCUUUUACUGCAACCCCGCCUUGCCCGCCGACUGUGACACCGAGACCCUGCGUGAGGCCUUUCGCAACCCACCUCGCAGCGGCGGCAAAGUUUUUGAUCCCUUCACCAUUUACGAUCUAGUGCGCAGAUUCUACGCAAAGGAGAUCAAGACAUGGACCGAAUUGACCACAAAACUGGGCGUCGAACCCCCUGAUCCUUCCAAGGAGGAGAGUGUGCAGAAGAUUGCACAGUAUGGUGUCCGCCUCAAGAAAUGGCUACACUCUAUGCAUGUAAAAUCCUUUUUCGAGUAUUUGAUGGACAUGCCUAAUGAAUACUGGACAAAUGUGCCCGUCGACCCCAACCCUGUCGCCCAACCGGUCCGUGACGGCAUUGCGGUGGAGGAUGACAUGGCUCUGAGGGCACUGUUGCCUCAUAUUCGGCCCAAGAGGGGUCGCAAAAGACCCGAAAGUGACAAUACUAGCAAUGGCUCAAAUCAGCGACAGCGCACGUCACCAGGAAUCGCCGCCGACGAGUAUGUGCCUCAGUCGGCUUGGCCUCACGGAGCUGAUCCCCGAUCUACGCCCAUGGACAACGUGCCCAUGAGCGCAGCGGGCGCAUGGCCCCCUCAUGAGACCAUACAAACACCACUGACACGCUGGCCCGCCUCGGCCGUUACACCGUCUGUACGCGAUGCGUUCUGGGGCGAUGAGCCUCGUUCUGCCGUGACGCCGAGUAAGGCCAAAGGCCCCCAUCAGCGCCGCGGAGCAAAGAAUGUCUCAUCAGCAUGGAAGCUCGGUGGUGAGGACGCGCCCAAGAAGACUAGGGGACGGCCCCCAAUCAACCGCACACCAAUCGACACUCCUUCAACCGCCACGAGCGCCUGGCCACAUACACCAAAUCCAUUACACCCCCAAGAAAGACACGGUACGGACGACUACAUGGGGAACGAAAUGUCACGAAACGGCUCCAUGGCAAGCGAGCAAGCGCCAUCGGCUACGAUGCAAGAGCUUUCGCAGCCGCAGAUGGCUUACAACCAUCCUCAGCACGCACCUUGUUAUCCUUCGCAGUCCGUUCCGCAGGGGCAACAAGUUGGCUCCCGAGCAGCUCGUCCGAGCAUCUCCCUGCAAGUACCACAACGACCCAGUGGCUCGGUGCGUCUAGCAACGCCGCCGCCACCGCCACCACCGCCGCCGCAACAGCAAGCACCGAUGCCGCAGACGAUGCCGCAGACGAUGCCGCAGACAAUGCCGCAGACAAUGCCGCCGACGAUGCCUGUUCAGCAGCCGUCGUACGUAAACACGGAGCCACUCCCUACCUAUGAAAACAUGCAUGCUCCGCCACCGGGACAGCCCUACACAGAGGACAAGGGCGGCGACGGCAAGUACCAAAAAUGGGAACCUAUCAACGCUGCGCAAGACGCAGGCACUGCGGUGACUGAAGGCUCCGGCAACGCCCUCCCCGAGUACUUUUUCGAGACAAUGACGGAUCGCACCAACAUUGACGCUCUCAUGGCCUACUUUAUCCGCAUGACGUAUGAGUCAAAGUGGCUCGACGCCGAGGGGAAGCCGACGGAGCCCGCGUCCAUGGACGAGGCGACCGCCAUCAUCAACGCGACGCUCGAAAACAUGUACAAGACGGCGGCGUCGUCGCAGGCGUUCCUGAUCAACCUGGCGGCGCUGGCUGGCGCGCGCAUGCUCAUGACGAACCUGACGCAGUGCACGCGCAUGGGGGAGAAGGACGGCCACACGACGUACAAGUGCGAGUGGGAGUAUCAGUUCGGCCACCUGCACGGCUACUUCAACAUGGCCGCGUCGGUGCCGUUCAGCAUGUGGCGGGCCAAGCCGGCGCCGUCGGCGGGCGCCGAGGGGGGCGAGGGCGGCCGCGGGGGCUACGCGAGCGGCGCGGGCAGCGGGAGGUACGCGGACGAGCCGCCGGAUUCCAAGGACCCGCGGCUGCAGGCGGAGCACUGGCAGAACAAGUACAAGUCGCUGCUGGGCCAGGUGGACAAGAUGGACCGGGAGCUGUUUGACCUGCGGAACAAGGUGAUUGAUUCGCUAAAGACGGAGAGGGGCGGCAGUGGCAGCGGCAGCGGCGGCGGCGACGCGGCAAGUUAG